GUAUCCAGAAGAUCGAGUACAGGCCAGAUGCUGGUCCAGAGGAUGUUCUCUGUUUCAAACACUACAAUGCCUCAGAGAUUGUGUAUGGGAAGUCCAUGGAAGAAUGGCUGAGGUUUUCUGUCUGUUUCUGGCACACCUUCAGGGGCACAGGUGCGGAUCCCUUCGGUUUCCCCACCCUGCACCGCCCCUGGGAGGAUGGUUCGGACUCCAUGGAGAAUGCCAAGAGGAGACUGAGGGCUGCCUUUGAGUUCUUCACAAAGUUGGGGGUAAAAUAUUGGACAUUCCAUGACCGGGACAUUGCUCCAGAGGGGAAUGAUCUGGCAGAAACCAACAGGAAUUUGGAUGAGGUCGUUGAUCUGGCUUUGAAACUGCAGGAUGAGACAGGAAUGAAACUGCUGUGGGGGACCUGCAACCUGUUUGCCAAUCCUAGGUACAUGAAUGGUGCAGCCACCAACCCAGAUGCUCACAUCGUGGCCCAUGCUGCAGCACAGGUCAAGAAGGGGCUAGAGGUCACCAAACGCCUGGGCGGCCAGAACUUUGUGUUCUGGGGAGGGCGCGAGGGUUACCACACUAUCCUGAACACAGACGUGCUGGCUGAGCUGUCUCACAUGGCCAGCUUCUUCAAAAUGGCAGUUGCACACAAGAAGAAGAUUGGCUUCACAGGCCAGUUCCUUUUGGAGCCCAAACCCAAGGAACCUACCAAGCACCAGUAUGACUAUGAUGCCAUGACAGUAAUUGGGUUUUUGAAGCAUUUUGGCCUGGAGAAAGACUUUAAGCUGAACAUAGAACCCAACCACACCACCCUGGCUGGCCAUGGAUAUGAGCAUGACGUUGUCAUGGCAGCUGCGUUUGGUAUGCUGGGGUCCAUAGACUCCAACACAGGUUCCCCUGAUCUGGGCUGGGACACAGACCAGUUCCCAAUGGAUGUGAAGAACUGCACAAUGGUUAUGAAG